AUGUCCAAGGCUGCUUUCGCCGGCCUCAAGGCCGUACAGGAGAUCCGAUUCCACCUCUGUCAGACGUCCAAGGGGAGCGAGGGCGUCCGCAACUUCCUCCUUAAGAGCUACAAGAACAUGAAAGCCGCGAGCCCCGCGACGCCUAUCCUCAUCCGAGAGGCAAGCGGCGUGGAGGGUGGCAUCGUUGUUCGUCAAGAUUUUGGGGUGGAGAAGAGGGCUUCUCUCGAGGGUAUGGACGAAAAAGCGGUGGAAAAGGAGGUUACCUCGCUCCUCAAGUAA